AUUCGCAGUGGAGACGCCGAAGUGAUUGGGAGCUUUCUGUAGUAUCGUCAGUUGAUCGCUGAAUCUCGUGACUGAAGCACGUGAAAGUCAGUCUCUCGGUUUUCGGUUGAAGCUCUAGCGAGGGAUUUACGAAGAAUACAUUCCGGUGUGAAAAGUGAAAAUUGCCCAUUUUUUUUUUGCACCAAGGGAGAAAUUUCGGCCCCCAAACUCUGCAGUGACGCCCCUUUUCUCAGAACAGUCAUUCACCUGACAAACAGCACCUGAGAAUUAAUUGACACGGAAUGACUUCACGUGCUCAGACGAAUGAUUAAAUUGUGGCAGAAAUACCACCCUCAGAAUAUGCGAUUCUGACUAAUUCUGGUGAGCACUGAGGCGGAAAGCCGACGAUUGUACCCAGAUGACAAAUAGACUCUCAUAAAUUUCGAUGUGUUUGGUGUUGUGACGCCAAAAGGGCGCCAAAGAUACGUGAAAUUGGAUUUUCCCUCAUCACACUAAUUGUCUACCUUUUUUCCCUUCAUUCAAAAAUUGAUUUCCAGACCAGACGCCCACAAAAUCACCCGCCUCCCCCUUCCUCAAGAGACCUACCUGUCUAUCGUGUCGGCAAAAUUAAAUUUUGAUCACUUGCUCCCUAUAAGAGUUUCACGUGAAAAUUUGACACUGUGAGACGAUGUCCCAGAAUCUCCGAUGUCUUUGAAAGUGUGGUGAAUGCAGAAAGAAACUGAAUUGGUGCACUGAGCAGGAUGGGAGUGAAUUCUUCCUCCAGAAACGACACUAGUCUCUUGUCAGAUGAGGAUGUGAAUUUCGAUCACUUCCAGAUUCUCAGAGCGAUUGGAAAAGGUAGCUUUGGCAAGGUGUGCAUUGUCCAGAAACGCGACACAGGACGUCUCUUUGCCAUGAAAUAUGUAAGCCGAGGUGCUUGUUCGGGUCGAGGGGCUCUGGGUGGUGUCCUGAAAGAGGUGGAACUCCUGUCGACGUUGGAGCAUCCCUUUCUUGUCAAUUUGUGGUUCUCCUUUCAAGACGAGGAGGAUCUAUUCAUGGUGUGCGACUUGCUGGCAGGCGGUGAUCUUCGAUAUCAUCUUCAGCAGCAGGUGGAAUUCUCAGAGAGGAGUAUUGCCUUACUUGUUUGUGAAUUGGGCUCAGCACUCGACUAUCUGCAAUCUCAGCGCGUUCUUCACAGAGAUAUUAAGCCGGACAAUAUUCUUCUGGAUGAAGAAGGUCACGCACAUAUAACAGAUUUUAAUAUAGCAACACGAUUGCUUCCUGAUGGAUUGGCCUGCAGUAUGUCAGGAACAAAGCCCUACAUGGCGCCCGAGGUUUUUAUGUGUGCUCUCGAAGAAAUUGCCGGAUACAGCUACCCCGUGGACUGGUGGUCUCUGGGAAUUGUGGCUUUUGAGAUGCGAGCAGGUGCUCGGCCAUUUGUUGUACACUCCAAUACACCUUUGGAUGACGUGAAAAAUUUAUUAAUUACACCUCUACAGUAUCCACGGUACUGGAGUGAAAACUUCACAGAUUUAGUGAAUAGGCUGCUGGAGCCAGACCCAGGUGGUCGAAUAAGUUCCUUGAGGGAACUAAAGCGUACCCAAAUCUUCCGGCAUACAGACUUUGAGGCAAUUCAGCAGAAGAAAACUAUCCCACCCUUUAAACCACCCAAAGACCAUUUGAACUGUGAUCCCAGCCUAGAGCUGGAGGAGAUGAUCGUAGAGACAAAGCCACUGCAUAAGAAGAAGAAGCGUCUGGCAAAGCAGCGCUCAAUACAGAAGGAGAAUGAGAUUGAGAGUACCUUUAUCAAGGAGUUUAUUGUGUAUAAUCGCUAUAAGGAGAUGAAGAGGAAAGCCAUGGAAAUGAAGGAGAAUGAAUGGCAACAGGAACUGGAACAGGCAAUGGCCAAUUCGGAGGUGGCCCACCUGAAGCCCAUUGAGGAGGUGGCAAAUGAACCUAGCACAUCAGGCACCUCAGCUGAACCCCUCGACUUUAUCGAUCGGACACCCUCACCAAAGUCGAGUGUAUGAGGCUGGACCCUCACUCAUCUGCCACUCUGCUGUGACACUCAUAGACAUAUACAGAGUGCAAAUUGAGAAAGUUUCAGCCAGGUGCACAACUCCCCGACAACGCCCACGACAACAGUGGCACCAGAUAUCAAAAGUUAAGAGACUUCUUUCGCCAUCAUCAUGUCAAUUUUCCCCCGUUUGUGGAAAUUUUCGUAAAACUUCCAAAGCAUGUUAAUCAGGCAUGGAAAGUGAAGUGAAGACUGAUGGGUUUGAGGAUUAAGAGUCAGGAAAAGGGAUGAAGGUUUCAAUUGAAGUGAUAAGGUGGAGCUUUUCAGUAAGUUUGACAAGGAAAAUGACCCACAAAUUGCUUUGAUUUAAUGUAUAUUUCGAAGAUUGUGGGGAAGUGAAAUAAAAAUGAAAAAAUAGGGGAAAGGCGGGCCAUUUGAAAUGCACACUAUUUACAAUAUUUUUCUCAUUACUAUUGAAAAAAAAAGAUUAGGUAAGUGAUUUGAGGCAGCAAAAUCCAUAAAAUCCUAUACAUUUAAUCAAAGCAAAACUUACAAAGUAGGGUAAUAUGGGGUAAUUUGGAAUCAUUUUCAAUUCGGAACAUGUGAGAUUUUUGACUCUUUCUGAUGGAGAAAUAGAAAAAGAAUUUAAAAAAGGAUUAAAAGAUAAAAUCGAACAAAAAGACGAGUAAGAAGAAAAGGAACAGUUUUUAUGUUUAGUUUUUUCUUGCCUUUUUGCACACC